ACACGACCAAACGGAGCAGAAGAUCCACCGAAACACCCAACGGCGGCCUCGUGUAUGCUUUCGCCCAUUCCUGCUCGCCCCGUUUCUCCCCUUCCAUCCUGCUUCCUUCUCUCUUUUUUUCACUCCCGAUUUCCAAAUCUCAAACAAUAAAUAACCAGAAGAGAAGCGAAUCUUCUCCUCCAUCAACCCAGCAAAUCGCUCGUUCGAGCGUCCAUUCGACUGAGAAAUUAUCGUCCGUCGCCCCCGGCUGGCUCUCCCGUUCGCCGCCAGGGCUGUCGUCUGACACGGAUUAGUUUUGGCGCCUCAAUCGCGAGGGUGGGGUCAACGUGGAGGGCCCAAUUUCGUGUGGACAGGUUGCCGUGAUCCUUUGCUGGAUGGGGCAGCGCAGCUAGCCACAGGAGGUUGCCUAGGUUUGAGUUUAAUCGGGUUACCAAAGUGGUAGUUCUCAUGGAUCAACUUGCCAUGCUUGCGACGGAGCUGGGUGACUCGUCGGACUUUGAGGUGGAGGGCAUCCAGAACCUCACUGAGAAUGAUGUCAGCGACGAGGAGAUUGAGCCUGAGGACCUGGCGCGGCGAAUGUGGAAGGACAGAGUCAGGCUGAGGAGGAUCAAGGAGCGCCAGCAGAAGCUCGCCCUGCAGCAGGCAGAGCUGGAGAAGUUGAGGCCCAAGCCGAUAUCCGACCAGGCCAUGCGCAAGAAGAUGUCAAGGGCGCAUGACGGGAUCCUCAAGUACAUGCUCAAGCUGAUGCAGGUGUGCAAUGCGCGUGGGUUCGUGUAUGGGAUCAUCCCGGACAAGGGGAAGCCUGUCAGUGGCGCUUCUGAUAAUAUCAGAGCUUGGUGGAAGGAGAAGGUGAAGUUUGAUAAGAAUGGGCCUGCAGCAAUUGAGAAAUACGACUCUGAGAACUUAGUAACCGCAAAUGCCCAGAGUGGUGGAAGUAAGAACCCGCACAGCUUGAUGGAUCUCCAAGAUGCCACUCUUGGUUCACUGCUUUCCUCAUUGAUGCAGCAUUGUGAUCCACCGCAGCGCAAGUACCCAUUGGAGAAGGGUGUUCCGCCCCCUUGGUGGCCUUCAGGGAAGGAGGAAUGGUGGAUUGCCUUGGGCCUUCCAAGCGGCCAAAUUCCUCCAUACAAGAAACCACAUGAUCUUAAGAAGGUUUGGAAGGCUGGUGUGCUUACAGGUGUGAUCAAGCACAUGUCUCCCAACUUUGAUAAGAUAAGAAAUCAUGUACGGAAAUCAAAAUGUUUGCAGGAUAAAAUGACUGCAAAAGAAAGCCUGAUUUGGCUGGGAGUUUUACAGAGAGAAGAAAGCCUUGUUCACAGAAUUGACAAUGGUGUAUCAGAGAUUACUCCGCGCAGUAUGCCAGAGGACAGAAAUGGGGACACAAAUAGCAGCAGUAAUGAGUAUGAUGUGUAUGGUUUUGAGGAUGCUCCUGUUUCUACAUCAUCUAAAGAUGAUGAACAAGAUCUGUCUCCAGUUACACAAUCUGCUGUUGAGCAUGUCCCAAAAAGAGGAAGGGAAAGGGCUUACAAUAAACACCCUAAUCAGAUCGUUCCUGGUAAGGCAAAAGAACCACCAAAGAGAAAAAAAGCACGCCGCAGCUCCACUGUUACCGAGCCAGAUGCACGCAGAGUUGUUGAUGCACCAGAAAACUCAAGAAAUUUGAUUCCUGAUAUGAAUAGACUGGAUCAAGUAGAAAUCCAAGGCAGGUCUAACCAGAUUGUCAUUUUUGACCAUGGGGACACCACAACUGAAGCUUUACAACACAGAGGAGAUGCUCAAGUACAGGUCCACCUUCCUGGUGCUGAGGUUAAUAACUUCAAUAGUGCCCCAACUGCAAACCCUACUCCUAUAAGCAUAUGUAUGGGUGACCAGCCUUUACCUUAUCAAAAUAAUGACAGCACAAGGUCGAGAUCUGAAAAUAGUUUUCCAGUAGAUGCUCAUCCUGGUUUAAAUAAUCUGCCCAGCAGUUAUCAGAACUUACCUCCGAAACAAUCACUACCACUUUCCAUGAUGGAUCAUCAUGUGGUUCCCAUGGGUAUCAGGGCACCUACUGAUAGCAUUCCUUAUGGUGAUCAUAUACUAGGUGGUGGAAGUUCAACUUCUGUUCCUGGAGAUAUGCAGCAGCUCAUAGAUUUUCCUUUCUAUGGUGACCAAGAUAAGUUUGUUGGCAGUUCCUUUGAGGGAUUGCCUCUAGACUAUAUCAGUAUCAGCAGUCCAAUCCCAGAUAUUGAUGACUUGUUGCAUGAUGAUGAUUUAAUGGAAUACUUGGGGACAUAACAUUAGGUCAGGAUGAGGUUGCUAGCAUUUGUUUUUCAUCCAUUUAGUCUCGCCGGAGUCAUCAUCCUAACUUGAGUAUGGAAGGCUAAACUUCUCAUUUUGUUGCCGGUCUUGUUAUUUGAGACCAACCAUCUGUUGUAUGCUGAGUGAUGACUUGCAUACUUUGGCAAUAAUGUAUCAUACAGUGACACAAUUGUACAUGUGGAAGGUGAACAUGGCCUCACUUAAAUAUGAUAUCUUUCUGGAGAUAAUAUCUGUUGUAGAAAGGAUUUUUUAUAAUUUUAGAAUCCUCAAGAUAUGAUUGUUUUC